AUGGCUCUAGAAACAUCGACGUGGCUAAAUCUAUGCUUCGUGCAGAAGGUCUUGCGAAAUUCAGAAGGUAAUAAUUCGAUUCAGGUAACUGAUAUAUCUUUGGAAUCAGUCACAAACAAGGGUGAUAACUAUACUAGUGACAUAAUCAGGAUAAUUGCCGAAUUUUCUUAUGACCUGCAAGGUGACAUUAAGAAUACAGAGAAGAAAUCCAUGAUUGUUAAAAUCUCACCUACACUUGAAGGUGAUCGAAAGAAACUUGUCACACAAUUAGGUUGCUUUCACAGUGAGGCAUUGAUGAUGUCAGAUACCUUGAAUAAAAUGAAUAAGUUGUUAGGGCCAAAGCAUCGCUUGAGUGGAACGAUUCUCUAUGUACAAAAUGAAAAUCCAACACUUUUAGUGCUCGAAGAUCUCGCACCUCUUGGUUUUCGAAUGGCUGAUCGUUCGUCUGGUCUUGAUUUAGCCCAUUCUGUAUUGGCACUUCGCGGACUGGCUAGGUUUCAUGCAGCCUCUGUAGCCAUAUGCGAGAAGGAACCAAAAAAAAAAGAAAUGCAUUUGAAAGGUACAUUCAACGACCAGCACCCGCCGGAAAUGAAAGAUAUUUUUAUUAAAAGUACUAAAGCUUUAGCAGAUGAGAUUGCAAACUGGCCAGAAGUGAAAAAGUAA